CGCGCCCAAUCAGGAGCCGGGUGGCCACGAAGGGGGUAGGUUGCAGGCGAGCAGCGCAUGUGGCGGACGCCGAGCGCUCGGGACCUCACCUGCUGCUGCGACUGAGCCGCCCACCUCGCUGCUUCCCGAGCGCUGCACAUCAGGGCCCCGGUGCCGGCUUGACGACGCCAAGGAAGCAGGGAGCCAACAACGCUGACCGGCUGUUGGCCUGCCGCGUUCGCGGCCUGAGCCCAGGAAGGCCUCUUGCAGAGGUUGCGGGGCCACCCCCGCGACUGUGCCAUGACCGACUCUCUCCGCAAAGGGGACUCUUCCUCAACGUUUACUGCAGAGAGAGAUGUAAAGCCUGUUAGACCGUGAGACGAGCUCGGGGCCGACCGACUAGGGGCACUCGCGGCAGGCCGCCCGCGCCUUCCCGGACCCGUUCUUUCUGCCCUGAGAGGGAGGCCUAGUUCGCCUCCGGGCGCGCAGCGGGCGCCGAGGGGUGGGGCAAGAGGGUCUGGGCGGGGCGCGCGUCGGCGGCAUGUUCCUGCGGAGGCCGCUGGCCCUGGCCGCCUGGCUAGCGGGCGCGGCGGCGGCGGGACGCGCGGGGGCGCGGGGCGGGGGCCUGCUAGCCCUGCUGGCCAAUCAGUGCCGCUUCGUGACGGGCCUGCGUGUGCGGCGCGCGCAGCAGAUCGCGCAGCUGUACGGCCGCCUCUACUCGGAGACCUCGCGCCGCGUCCUUCUCGGCCGCCUCUGGCGCCGGCUGCGCGGCCGCCCCGGCCAUGCCUCUGCCUUGAUGGCGGCGCUCGCUGGCGCGUUCGUGUGGGACGAGGAGAGGAUCCAGGAGGAGGAGUUGCAGAGAUCCAUUGAUGAGAUGAAGCGGUUGGAGGAAAUGUCACAUGUGUUUCAGCGCUCUGGAGUUGAACGCCACCCUUCAGAACCAAAAUCCCAGACAGAAGGGAAUGAAGAUUUAGGGGGCAAAGAGCAGCCAUGGGAAAUGGUGAUGGAUAAGAAACACUUUAAGCUGUGGCGGCGCCCUAUUACAGGCACUCACCUUUACCAGUACAGAGUUUUUGGAACCUACACAGAUGUGACACCCCGGCAGUUCUUCAACGUUCAGCUGGAUACAGAGUAUAGAAAAAAGUGGGAUGCCCUGGUAAUCAAGCUGGAAGUGAUUGAGAGGGAUGUGGUUAGUGGUUCUGAGGUUCUUCACUGGGUAACCCAUUUUCCUUAUCCAAUGUAUUCCCGGGAUUAUGUUUAUGUUCGACGGUAUAGCGUGGAUCAGGAAAACAACGUGAUGGUGUUGGUGUCACGUGCUGUGGAGCACCCUAGUGUUCCAGAGUCUCCAGAAUUUGUAAGGGUCAGAUCGUAUGAAUCCCAGAUGGUUAUCCGUCCCCACAAGUCAUUUGAUGAGAAUGGCUUUGACUACUUGUUGACCUACAGUGACAAUCCCCAGACUGUGUUUCCUCGCUACUGCGUUAGUUGGAUGGUUUCCAGUGGCAUGCCAGAUUUCCUGGAGAAGCUGCACAUGGCCACUCUGAAAGCCAAGAACAUGGAGAUCAAAGUAAAGGACUAUAUCUCAUCUAAGCCUCUGGAAACGGGUAGUGAAGCCAAGGCUACCACCCCGUCUUCAGAGCGGAAGAAUGAGGGUAGUUGUGGCCCUGCCCGGAUUGAGUACGCUUGAAGGGUUUUGGGAUGAGAAGGGACAGGCUGCUUUUAGCCCUGUCUCAGUUCCUUAUCUGCUACAGAAUGGGGACAUGUAUUAGAAAGCGUCUGCUGUAACCACCAGUGCAGGAUGACUCAAUAACUGGUGUCCGAUUUCAUUCAGAGCCCGUAUUGCUCUUUAUCAAAACAGGAGGAAUCAUCCAUGAGGGCGUUGUCCUAUUCUCAGGCCCAGCAUUUUGAAAUUCAGUAUUUCAUUGAGCUAAUCUGGAACAAACCUCUCACCUCAGGCCAGAAGGGGACAACUUCUUUUCGCUUCCUGAGUAGUUUCCUCUGCCAACAUUCCAGUUCUCACCAUCGGUUCUGCAGCGCUUGGGAUUUCCUUCAGUUCUGAAGGUCCAGCUGGAAAGUACAGUUGGCCAGUUGAGUCUUCAAUGAGGGGUCAUUGGGAGUGCUCUUGGUAACAGUCCUAGUGUUGAAUGGAUGUGAACUAUUGCUUGGCAGUGUAAGUGCCUUGUCCUCACCCUGCUUCUAUCUUUAGGGACAUCAAGUUUGUACCAAGGAAUUUCUGCCUCCCAAAUACCACCCCAUUGACUCGCCAUCCCCCAAAGCAGUUUCCUUUGCAUUGACCAGUUCUUCUCUAUUCAUGCCCUAUAUUAAUUUGGAUCAUCGCCUCCUUCCUUAGUCCGUUUAUCAAGAACACUGGGAAAUGAAUCCUUUCAGAUGGUAGCUUUCUGUGUCAUCAGUGUUUUGAUAGGGUCAAUGGUGAUGCUCAAAAUACCACACUUUAGGUUUGGGUUUUUUUUUUUUUUUUUUUUUUUUUUUAACCUUUGUGUCAAAACGUAGGAAUUGGGAACUUGAGUAGGAUUUCUCCAUAGUCCUACUGUAUAGAAAACACCAUUUUGAUUCAGGCAUUAUUUUUCACACUUCAGGUUUGACUGGAUGCUGAGGACUUGUCCAUCUUGGAAGGCUAAAGGCAGAGGAAUGGGGGUUGGGCCACUCCCUUGGAGCUCUCAGAGCUGUAGACAAGCUGUGUGAAGAAAUAGAUGUAAUCUUGCCCCAAAUACUGAUAUAAUGGGGAUGUGGUUUAUGUGACCCUUUUGUUCCUCUGCAAAGUUUUUCCUCCUCUUUUCAGAGUUAAAACGAAAGCAAACUACACUGUUUGGGUAAAGUCACAAUCAGAUGGUAUCAGUUUGGCCUGGCUGAUUUUGCUUAUGGUCCUGCUGCAAUCUGACAGAAUAGGGAUCAAGUUUUAAAUACUCCCUUGUCUUUUUUCCGUAGAAUUUAAACGGCUGGAUUUUCCCCUUUUUUCCUACUUGGCUACCCUUUUGUGUUGUUGAAAAGGGAUCUAAGCCUCAGAUUGACUCAAACCUCUGGACAUUUUUGUUGCCUGUUAAGUUUUGUGCCAAGGAAAUAACUGCCCCCGUGUUUCAUGUCUUGCCUUCUCUGAGUCAUUGGCAGAACAGAGAGAUGUGUUGAGUAUCUCCAGCUUCUUUUCGUUGAUCAUUUCUCUCUUCUCAUCCCCAGGACUUCACAGAAGCCAGGGAAAAGCUCCCUGGGCUAUGUCUGAACUUAGCGCCUGUGAUUGUUGGGGCAUGGAUGGUGGUGUGGGCAAGAGUGUGUGAGUGCACAGGUGUUAAGGAGCUACGUGUUGCUCAUGUUCCUAUUUUUGGCAACUUGACCCUAUACUUGGGGUCAGUCUGUACAGUUACUUAUGUCAUUGUAAUGAUUUCACUUCUAACUGUGACAUUUUUAUCAAAUGUGUGAAUAAAUACAUAAAGAUUGGUACAAGAGUGUUUGUCUUUGGACAUGUGGUGGUGGGAAAUCUUGUGUAUUGGGCUUAUGGUUUCUUCCUGAUCAGAAAGUUGGAGUGUUUCUACUUAGGGUUGGCACAUGGAAGCAGCAAGGUGUGGUCUGGGUAGGGGCUAACACAGAGCUAACCACCUUGCCUUGAUUAUGAGCCCUUUCCAGGUAGCCAGUUUGGCAAAUGAAAACAAACCACCUGUUUCCACUUCGUUGUCUUGAUCUACUCACCAUCUCCUUUGCUUUUAAGGAAGGAUCAACUUGAGGAAACAGUGUUUGAGCUUUGCUGACAGUGAAACUUGGGAGGGAGCAAGGAAAGGAGGAAAGGAUUUGAGGAAGCCAGGUUUAGUGCGGGAGGCAGACCGGGACUUUGGCUGGAGAGGGAGGGUGGUGAGUUCAAACCCCACUUGGCCUGGUGGGAAGUAGGGUCACACAAGCAGUUCUGCUAGAGUGUAAAUUUGUUGCAAGGCGACGGAUAGAUCGGAGACACUUAAGAGCGUAACGUGAACUUUGAGUUUAUGUGUGAUUCUGCCUGUGGGAAACACUACGUGAACACAAAUGUACACCUGAAACAUUAAGGCUCUUUUCUCCAAAUUGUUCGGAGAUAAUCACUGGAAAGCCAUGCCUGCUUGUAGACUACUUGUUAGGUGUUGUAUGCUUAUGGGUGCACAUGUGUUUUUAUAAUCAGUUUGGAGAGUUGGUGACUCUGGCCUCCGCCCUGCUGCAGAGGCCCCUACACGUGGCAUCCUUGACAUCGUUCUCCAGAUUCUGCAUUAACACUUCCACUGAGAAGCAUUUGAGUUCUUACAGAAAGCAACAUUUCCAUUGUUGGACAGUUCUAGCUUUCAGGAAGUCCUUUAUGUUGAGACUAAACGUGCCACCUCAGCGUCUACCAGAAUCAGUGGGUCAAGCCCUGUCUUUGGAACAACACAAGGAAAACAUUUCCAUGGGAUAGUACUUCACAUUCUUGAAGACAGUGCUCAUGUGACCUUUACCCUUCCCCAGGUUUUCUGUUGCUAGCAGCUUCAAAAAUCCUUCCAACUCUUUAUUAUGAAAAUGUUUGAAAAAUUGAAAAAUAAUAAAACUUUGUAUGCCCUCCCCCUACCUUUGCUGGUUGUUAACUUAUUAUGGUGUGUGCUUUGUCUUUAUAUAUAAAUACACUUUGCUGUGGACUGAACUGUCUCCCUAAAAUUCACAUGCUGAAAGUCCUUAUACCCAAUGUGAUAGUAUUGGAAAUGGGGCCUUUGGGAGGUGAUUUGAAUGAGAUGAGGUCAUGAGGGUGGAACCCUCCAUGAACGGAUCUGUCCCCUUAUGAGAAGAGACCCCAAAGGUUUGCUUGUUCUCCCCUUCCACCGUUGUGCAGACAACAAGGUAGCCUGGCAAGCUAGGGGAGAGUGUUCGCACCAGGAACAGGAUUGGCCAGCAUCUUGAGCUUGGACUUUUAACCUGCAUAACUGUAAGAAAUAAAGUUCUGUUGUUUAAGCUA